AUGCAGCAAACCGGCGGGAACUGGGAAGAAUACUUCGGUGGUGGUGGUGGUGGUGGUGGUGGUGGUGGUGGUGGUGGGCGGGAGGGGCGUAGGGGCCGGGAUCAAGGCUCUGGAGCAGCGACAGGCAGCAGAGAACGAGGACGUGGCCGGGGAAGGGGAGGUGGGCGUGAAUGGGCAGUCGAAAGAGGCGGUGGUGGCGGAGGUGGGCGUGAUGGUGGCGGCCGCGGUGGAUGGGGCAGUUCAGGGGGCAGAGAAGGAAGAGGGCGCCAGUACGACAACGGUGGCGGUGGCAGGGGCAGGGGCAGGGGUGGUGGCAGAAGCGCGUUCGGGCGUGGACGUGGUAGGGGUGGAGGAAGAGGCGCCAGCAGCGCGUACAGCGAUGGUCCUGGUCGGUACUCAGGCAGAGGGGGCGGGGGGGGCGGCACUCGGAGCGGCCGAGGGCGCGGCAGAGCGUCAGCUGGCUGGAACGAUGGCCCGGGCUACAACAUGGACGACUUCGAGCUGGUGGAGGAAGGCACCGGCGACGAUGGUACCUGGGACGAUUAUAGCGACUACAGCGACGAUCCUGGGCUGUACAAGAAGCCCCGCGGCGCCGACACCGCCUACGUGGAGGACCUUGGUACCGAGCUCAAGGUAAUGACCAGAGGAGGCGGGGAUGGUUUCUCCGCAGCCCCUGCAGCGAAAACCGUCUUCAGCGCCGACCCCAACCUCUCCCCGGUGUCCGGAGAGCUGGGGGUAGGCCGCAGCCACAACCGCGAACGGCGCGCCGCCCGCCGGGAACAACGACGGCGGGAAGAGCGCGACAGCGAGAAGGGGCGGGGGGAGGAGGGGCGGCUGUGGUCGGAAGAUGACGGUGCCGCCGAUGCCGCUGCCGCUGCCGCUGCCGAGGCUGCCAGGGUGCGGGACGGAGCGCAGCUGCGGAUACAGCGCAGGGAAGAGAGGGAAAGGGCGGAGCGGGAACGCCAGGCGGAGUACUUCGCUUCCAUCGAUGGGCAAGGCGGAGAUGCUGGUGCUGGUGCCAGCGAUGGCGGGUUGGACGACAUCUUUGGCGACUACUUCUCGCCGAAAAAGUCCUCGACGCCGCCCUCUUCUUCUGCCGUCGCCCCCCAACCCAAGCAGCGGUUUGCCCAGAAUCCUUCCCCGGCUGCGGCCACCUCAGGCUGGGACCAGCUCCCACCACCCGCGUCGUCAUCCACAAGCGGCAGCAAACGCCCCGAACGGCGGGACGACUACGGCAGCAACCUUAGAAGAAACCCUUUGCGGGAAGCCGAGCGUGACGACGGGUGGGAGAGCGUCGUUGACGGCGACUACGGCCGCGGCCGCGGGCGCGGGCAGGGGCGCGGAGGGCGUGAUGGCGGUUACCAAGACUAUUCGGAGCCGGUAUCGGAGGGCCGGUUCGGCCGACAGGCUCAGCAGCAGCAACAGGGAAGGCGCGGCAAUGGGCGCGGAGGCGACGACUUCGGCCCUCGCGGGAGAGGGGGUGGAGGAAGGGGUUCCGCCGCGGCGGCGGCUUACGGAGGUGGCGGCGGGCGGGUGGUGGACAAGAGCAUCUGGGACGCGGACCGGUGGGAGUCGACGGGAUCGACGGCCUGGAUCAAUGCCGGGGAGGGGGACGGCAGCGCGGGUGGCGGUGGGAGUGGCGGGGGUUCUCUGCCGAGUUGGAAGGUCCCCAAGGCGGAACAAGAGACGGCCAAGGCGAACAGCGCGCCUGUUCCUGAUUGGCUGCCGCGACAGGGAGGCCUCGGUUCGGAGUCUCGCCGGGGAGUUGCCCCGCUUCCCGAGGGCAUCGACACGAGCGUCAAGAAGCUGGGGGUGAAGGGACUGGAGGCGAUGCUGAAAGACAAGUUUUCCAAGACGAAGGAUGGCGUGUUCGCGGCCGAAGAUGACGAAGCCGAAUUUUACGACCCUGAUGAUGAGGGGUUCGAGAAGCUGGUGGAUGGCGAGCAACUGCCUCUGGUUGAAUCGGAGGACGAUGUGGUUGGUAGCGUGGACGUCGGAGCGGCCGUGCAAGACUUCCGAGGCGCCGUGCGGUACGACGACCCAAACGCCCCUCGUCCCAAGGGCCUGGGAGUUGUGGCUCGCUCAGAGGCCGAAGCAGCCGGAGGGGGGUUCAGGAUGCGGUCCCCUUCUCGUGCCGCCGCCGCCGCAGCAGCAGAAGCUACUACUGGCAGCACCGGGGGUGGUAGGGACGCGUCCCCUGCUGUUGACGACUACGACGAAGACGGCAGCAGCGGCAACAAGUCGGCCUCGAGAAGCAAGGGGAGCCGUGGAGACGACGGCGAGGGUGGUGUUGGCGGCAACGGCAUCGCGGUUGGUCGGGGGGUGGCCGAGGGGGAGGGCGUGGCCGUCUUGUCGGAGGAGCGGAAGCGGGAGCAGGAUGGUGUUGCCGAGAAACUGGGCAAGAAAGACAAGAAGACCAAAUCGCAGGCGGUGGAGAGGAAGCCGACCUACACGGCGAUCAACAUCGCCGACAUGGAGACCCUCGAGCAGCAGGCCUCGUUCUCCUUCCGAGACCUGGGCAUCCAGGACCGGACCGUUCUCAAGAACAUCAAGAAGCUGGGAAUCGAUUCCCCGACGGAUGUCCAGGUUUCCGCUAUCCGCGGGCUCUUGUCCGAAGACCGGGACGUGAUCAUCCACGCCCACACGGGUUCGGGAAAGACCCUGGCGUACCUGCUGCCGCUUAUCGCGGCCACCGAUCCCGACAGCAACGCCCUGCAGGCGGUCGUGGUGGCCCCAGGCAGAGAACUGGCUAGCCAAAUCUUCUCCGUGUGCGAGAAGCUUAUCCAAGGGACCGGCCUCCGUAGCAGCAUGGUCAUCGGGGGUGCCAACGCCCUGAGGCAGGUGGAGAGGUUCAAGAAGGUCAAGCCGCAGAUCGUCAUCGCCACCCCCGGUCGCCUGUGCGAGUUGGUGUUCGACCGCCGGAGGAUGAAGCUGGGCAUGGUCAGAACGGUCGUCUUGGACGAGGUGGACGCGCUGCUCAGGCCCCCGUACGACCAAGAGAUAGACGCCAUCAUGGAUGCAACUCCCAGAGGGAGGCGGCAGGCGGUGUUCGCGUCGGCAACCGGCCGUUCGCCGGUAGUCUCCGCAGCCUCUGAGCGUUACAUGAGGGAGGAGCCGCUGUUCGUAGGCGGAGGUGAUUUGGGUGUGGGGAGCGGUCAGCGGCGGGGCGGUCUGCCCUCCAACAUCCGCCACACGAUCGUCACCAUGCCCAAGGUGAAAAAGUUCGACACGCUACGGCGCUUGUUGAACACGCAGCCCUUCCCGGAGAGCGUGAUGAUCUUCGUCAACGACCCCAUACAGGUGAACUGGCUGACGGAGCGCUUGGAGACAGUGGGCAUUAUCGCGGCACCUUUGUCCGGAGAGAGCUCCAAGGACGACCGUGCAGAGAUAAUGAGGCGGUUACAGGAUAAACGCAUCGCCAUGGUGGUGACCACGGAGAUGGCAGCAAGAGGCCUGGACGUGGCCCACCUCACGCACGUUGUCAACUACGAUCUCCCCACCGACGCUGACCACUACGUGCAUCGUGCGGGAAGGUGCGGGCGAGCGGGAAGGCCGGGGAUCGUGGUGAACAUGGCAACCCCGGACGUGAAGUUUGUCAUGGGCAAGUUCGCUAAGAGCCUCGGGCUGCCGUUCGACGACUGUGAGGUCCAGGGGGGGCGGUUCUGGUCCGUCUCUACUACGGAACCCCCGGUAGCAUCGGCGGCGAGGGCAGCGGUGACAGCGGCCAAGGCAGGGGCGGCGGUAGCAGCGGCGGGGGCGCGUGGUGACACGCGGGAGGAGGCAACCGCUACCGGGGGGGGAGGCGUCGUCGUCGCAGAUGAUUCUGCUGAGCCCCUGCCGCCGCCGCUGCCACGGAAGAGAGCGGCUUCUUCUUCGAUCGACAGGGGAUUUUUGGGAGACCCGAUCGACGCUGACGAAAUCAUGGCGGAAGCCGAGGCGUUCUUGCGAGGGGAACGGGGAUCUCCGGACAGCGCACCGGCUGUUGCUGGUGCUACGGUUGAGCCUUCGUCUCGGCAGAAAAAGAAGCAGUCGCCGGAUAAGAGCGCUGCUGGCGGUGACGCCGACAGCGUUAGCAAAGAGGCAGCGGCACCUGUUCUUGAGACGUUUGAGGUCGCCGGGGGUCUGGCGAUCGUGAACGUGCCGGAAGGUGCGGAGGACGACGACGAUUUCGAAGGCGAUUUCGUGUUGGGCGGCGGCGAGUUUGAUGAGGAUGACUGGGGGGACGGCGACUGGGGAGACGGUGAAUGGGUAGACAGCGAGGAGGAAGAUGAUGAACAGGAGGACGAGGAGGAAGCGGCACAAGGAUAA